CUCAGUAGAAAGAAACAAGUGCCGGCCCUGCGGCCGAAUGGGCGCUGGAUGUGGCGCCUAUGGACAUGGCUCUGAGGAGCACUUGCCAUGCCUGGGAUCAUCCACGAUCAGAGCUCCAGCUUAUUUGUCCUCCACUGCGAGAGGCUGGAGAUCGCGGAGCUCUUUGUGGAGGUGAGCGGAUCCUGCCAGUGCCACUGGUACGUGGGGGAGGCGCAUCAUGCGUCUCCGCUCUUUACGGCACGGCAGGGGCAAAGCAUCCGCCUGGACUUUUGCACCUUUGUAGUGGCCGACACCGAGGCCUCCGAAGAGGUGAAGCUCACCAUCGCCACGGAGGAGGGCGAGCACCUCGCGGUGCACUUUGGGCAACUGGCAGAGCUGGGCAGCAGCCAGCAGUUCGCCAGGCGUGUGCUGCAGCUUAGAAACGUGCAGGGCACGGUGGCCACUGCCAUCCUCUUCUGUGCCCUGCAGCAGCGGUGGACGGUACCGGGGCAACCGACGCGCCAGUCAGGAGAGACCGUCACCGUUGGCCCGGAGGACGCGCAGGCCGCCUUUGUGCUGCAGCACAUCUUCCCCGAGGACAAGAAGGAUGAGGUGAAGGACGAUCUAGGAAGUGUGGCCACUGAGCGCAAGACGCUGGAGGCGGGAGAUGCGGAGUUCUCUCAGGACAAGGAAGGAGAGAGGACAGGGAAGGCUGCACGGAGCAAGGCGGAAAAGGCGAAGCGCCGCUCGGUGCGGGAGUCGCGGAGGUCCAAGUGCAAGCCCGAAGGGCCCGAAGGGCCGGAGCUUGACCCGAAGCCGCGAGACGGAGCGGAGCAAGCCUUGCCCCCGGAGCCGGUCGAGCCGCCGGAGCCAGCGAAUCAGCCACCAGAACCACCAGAACCACCGCAGCACCCGGCGCCACCAGCGCAACCGGCGCAACCGGCCCAACCGGCGCACCCGGCGCAACCGGCCCAACCAGCGCCACCGCCACCGGCGCCGGCCACGAGCGCGGAGCCCUGUGAGCCGCUUGCGGCCGAUGCCGCGCCGAAAGCGCGGAAGGAGGCCUCUUACACGUCCCAUGCCACGUCGCCCACCACCGCCGGGGAGAGCCCCAAGCUGAGACCGGAGAUGGGCCAGGAGGCAAAGAACCUCUUCGCUUCGGCUUCAGAGGCUUCAGGGGAAGAGGCCGACUCAGAGCAAGACUUGCCCUUGCCCAGCUACCGAGAGCUGGUGUCAGAGGUUGCGCCGGCUGGGAAUGCAGCAGAAAGCCGGCGCGAAGCAGAGCAGCAGAAGCAGCAGCCGCCGCAGCAGCAGCCGCAGCAGCCGCCGCAGCCGCAGCCGCAGCAGCCGCCGCAGCCGCAGCAGCCGCAGCCGCAGCAGCGGCAGCCGCAGAAGCAGCAGCAAGUGGGCCGAGUAUGGCAAGAGCGCCAGGAGGCGGCCCGAACGCUCGGCCGCGGGCGCAAGGCGCAGCCCGUUCAAGCAGAAGUGCAUAGAGGCUCCGCUUCCAGCUCCUCACUUUGGUGUCGCGCCCAGCGUGCCUAUGCAGAGGACAGAGCUCGUCAAUGCCGCAGAUUCGCGGAAGAAGGCGACUCCGACAGCUCGGUGAGAAGGGAGAAGCCGCCGGAGCUUGAGGAUGAGGAUUCCUGGAAAUCUGACACUCCGAGCAACGAGGCCAGGGCUCGGCCGGAUGCGCCCGAUGCGGCGCCGAUACCGUGUGCACAUGUGGUGCAGUCGCAGGGGCGCUGGUUCCGUGUGGCAGCUUGUGCAGUGAGUAUCCGGCGCCGGCCACAGGUGGACGCGCCCCUGGCUGGGGAGUUGCCUUCUGGAGAAGUCUUUCAGGCUGUGUCUUCCACCACGGCGGACAGUUUCACCUUUUUGGAGCUCUCGCGAGGUCGCGGCUGGGUCUUCAGCGAUGCGCGAGUUCAGCCCGUGCUGGUCAUUGACGACACGGGAGCUACCCCUGCGCAAAGCAGCAGGGCGGAAAGAACGGAAAGGAGACCCCGCGCGAGUCCUCGGCGCAAGCCAUAUACGCAGGAGGCGGAGGCUGAGCCGGAGCCCAGCUGCUCCCCUAGGCAGAAGCCGCAGGCCAAGCCCAGCCCAGGCCCUCCGGAAGCCAAGCGGGCCAGGCCCGAAGCCAAAAGGGCAUUGGCCGCGCCGGAGGAGGUUCCCCGGCGCGCCUCUGAGCCAACGCCGCAAGUGGAGGCCUUGCUGCACACCAUCAGCCGCACCUCCUCCCCGCGUGGCAAGGAGGCGUGUCGGGGCCCGCAACCGGUUCGCGCCAAGCACUCCCUUGCCUCGUUGGAGGGCGCCGCCGAGCGCUCCCGAGACCGGGCCUGCGAAGGCGAGAGGACGGAAGGCUGCGCGCGGCGGUCCAGGAGCGCCGAAGCCUCCCGCAGCCUCUGGGACUUCAGGAGCGCAUGGGAGAGCCUGGAGGAACGACAGCGGCUGCAGGCUGCGCUGCUCAAAGUGGCACUGCGCGUGCACCCGGAAGACAUGGCCCGCGUGGAGUCGAGGCCGAGUUCCACCCCGCCAGCGCGGCGCUUCUUCGUGCCGCGCGAGGUGCGACCUGCCGAGGAGGCGAAAGCGGCGGCGCCCAGCAUCAGGCCUGUGCCUGCGCCGAUGCCUGCGCCGCUGAGCUGCCAGUUUCUGGCCGCCUUGGCCGCGCGAGGCCAGAGGCCUGAGGCGGAGGUCGAGGUUCCGGGAAGGCGAAAGGUGCGCUGGGCAAGGGCGCAGAGCUAUGGGCUUGCAGACAUCAUGCUGAGGGAACGCACCGAGGUGAUGCCGGCGGCUUGAGGUCUGCAGAAGGGGAAUUUCUGAGACAGAUCUGGGGUGAAGUCACUUGCUGAGUGGAUGACCUAGCCGUGUC